UAUUGUACCAGCUGACUUGAGCAAGUUUAAUUGAAACAGUCUUCAAUAACCUUUAAGUUUCGAUAAAUAACCUUUAUGUUCAAUUUAAUUUGAACAGUUUUUGGAAAUUAUUCUGAAUGUCUAUGGAAAGUGACAAUGAUAUAUCUAUACUGGCCAAUGUUAAAGCCAGGGUAGACAAGAUUACCAUUGAUGGCUUGAAAAAGACUAAAGACAACUUAAUGGUGAAUAUGCUCCAGAACAAAUUCAAAAACAUUCACAACUUUCAGGAUUUGUUGGUGGAAGCAUAUGAAUUCAGAGAACGAUUGUCGGGCUUGGGAGUGUUUAACCGUAUUGAGAUAACCAUUGAUACUAAUCGAGCUGAUGCAACCUCCACCGGCUAUGAAAUCAUUUAUAAAGUCGAAGAGAAAGGUCCACUUCAAGGAAAGAUAUCAACUAUGAUUGACAAUAAUGACGGAUCUCUAGUGUUAAAGUCUGAUUUACUUAACGUACUUGGAGGAGCCGAAAAACUCUCUGUUGAAUACCAAGUAUCGAAAAACUCUCAAAAAGGAGUCAAUGUUGAGUUUAAAGCGCCAAUCAGACCUUGGACUUAUUACAAUCCGAUUUUUACAUCAGCAGCUUAUCAAAAUUCAGGAGAAAGGCCCUGGUCUGGAUUUCAUCAAACUGAUCGUGGUGUUCAUGUAGAUUUAUCUCUCAAUUCAUUCGCUGAUAUCAAUCAUAAUUUUAGGUGGGCCGGUAUUUGGAGAGAAAUCAAAGCUUUCGGUCCUAGUUUUCAAAUCAGAGAGCAAAGUGGACACAGCCUAAAAUCAUCAAUUUACCACACAAUGACUAUUGACCGGAGAGAACUCUCGCCCUAUCUUGAUUAUAUAGUCAAAUUGAACCAAGAGUAUGCUGGAUUAGGUGGCGAUACAUCAUUUAUUAAACAGGAAUUCUUAGUUUCUAAUAGAAUGCCAUUAAUUGGUAACAUUAGUCUUGAAGGUUCCCUAAAAGCUGGGAUCAUCAACUCUUCUUGUGGCAUAGCUGAUAGAUUUUUCUUAGGUGGUCCUAUGAAUCUUAGAGGUUUUAAGAUGAAUGGAGUAGGACCUCAUUCAGAAGGAAAUGCGCUAGGUGCUAGUACCUAUUGGAUAACUGGACUUCAUUUAUAUGCCCCUCUUCCGUUCAAGAAGAUGAAUAGUUCCGAUAGUUGGUUGAAAACACACUUCUUUUUAAAUGCUGGUAACAUCGGAAAUUUCCCAUUCAAGGGAGAUCAUGUUAAAUAUUUUAAUAACAUGGUAAAUAGAGUUAGAUUUUCUGUUGGAUUCGGUUUUGUUGUAUCAUUUCCUAAUUUCGUUCGCUUAGAACUCAACUACUGUUUCCCAUUACAGCACCAACCCGGUGAUCGAUUAGACAGAAGUAUCCAAUUUGGAAUUGGUUUUGAUUAUGUUUGAAUAUAAGUACUAUUAGAGAAUAAAUUUUAUUAUAAUAAAUAAAUUUGUCAAUCA